AUGAGUAUGUCUAGUAAACGAACCACCGAUAGUAAUCUGUCGUCUUCAUUUCAUGGUAAUACGAGACAAAUGACGCAAAAUUUUCAACAUUCAGGAUCAUGUAUUCGGAGACUCGUUCGACGUUGGCCAAACAUUCUAACAGAUCUUCAGAUUACACGUCUAAAAGAACAUAAAUAUGCAUCGGAAGGUACAACACUACUCGAUCCAUACAUGCAAAUCUUUUGGAGGUGGUUAGUCGAAUACUGUCCGUUGUGGGUCGCACCAAACCUGAUUACAAUCGUUGGCUUAGCAGUCAAUAUUGGCGCAAGCAUUUGUCUGAUGAUUUUAACAGACGGUGCCAAAGAACAGUGUACACGAUGGAUGUAUUUCCUGACAGGACUCGGUACCUUUAUUUAUCAAUCGCUGGACGCAAUUGAUGGUAAACAAGCACGUCGAACAGAUUCGUCAACACCUUUGGGUGAACUGUUCGAUCAUGGAUGUGAUUCAGUUUCAACGGCCUUUGUUACGAUAGCUUUUUGCUGUACGAUUCAACUGGGUGUUUAUCCAUGGUUAAUGUUUUGGUGUUGUAUGUUUUCGUAUAUUAUUUUCUAUUGUGCGCAUUGGCAAACUUAUGUGACUGGAAAACUUCGGUUUGCUAGUUUUGACUGUACAGAAGCUCAGUUUUUCUUUCUGUUCAUUUGUAUGGUAACAGCCAUUUGGCCUCCGGUGUGGACGAAAUCGGUCCCGAUCAUACAUAUCGAACUACGUGUUUUGGCUGCAUUAGCCAUGAUUAUUUCUGGUUUAUGCAAUGCAAUGAAUAAUAUCCACACCAUCUCAAAAGGCGGUUGCGGCCGACAUUACUCCACUAUCGCUGAAACAAGUAUAAUUUUCCCCGUUUGGCCAAUUGGUUUUCUCAUAUUUCUUGCAUUUAUUGCUUCUAAUCACACUAUCUCAAAUUCACUUGAAGAACACACCGCCUUGCAUUUAUUAUGUUACGGAAUUGGUUUUUCCAAAAUAACAAAUCGAAUCAUUGUCGCGCAUAUGUCAAAAAGUUCUCUGUACGCUUGGGAUUCAGCUUACUACGGUCCUAUAGCGUUCUGUGUGAAUCAAUAUUUUGGCUGUUAUAUUUCUGAGCAUAAAUUUCUUUGGUUAUUUCUUAUUUACAGUCUCGGUGAUUUACUUCGAUAUAAUAUCAAAGUAUGUCAAGAAUUAUGUGACGCACUAGGGAUCCACUGUUUUCGAAUCAAACCACCAACAAUGGUCAAAUCGGACAUGUCCCAUUAG